AAACCCUAGAUCUAACCCCAGCCGUCAGAUCAGAUUGAUCGGGCAAUCGCUUCUAGACCGUUGGAAUCAAGCAAUGGUAGAGGUAGAAUCGUAUUUGUGGGUAUCCAGAAGAGGCAUUAGGAUUUUCUCGAAGCUGGGUGUUUUUUCAUCUUGAUGGCCAACAAAUCGAAUCUCCUCCUCUAAAGAUAUUUUUGUUUAUUUCGGUCAUGUGUGAUUUGGUCGCGCGUACGGGUCGGCUCCAGCAGCGGUACGAGGAUGGCUCUCGUCUCGUAGCCGGGUGUAUUCCAUUUAGGUAUAUAAAUUCUGACAAAGAUGGUAAUUCUGAAUCUGGGAAAGUGAUUCAAGUGUUGAUGAUCAGCUCGUCUAGUGGACCGGGACUUUUGUUUCCCAAGGGAGGAUGGGAGAAUGAUGAGACAGUCAGGGAGGCUGCAGUGAGGGAAGCAGUGGAAGAAGCAGGUGUCCGUGGGAUUCUAAUGGAUUUUUUGGGAAAUUAUGAGUUCAAGAGCAAAACACACCAAGAUGAGUUUAGCCCAGAAGGUUUAUGUAAAGCGGCAAUGUACGCAUUGUAUGUGAAGGAAGAGCUAGAGACGUGGCCGGAACAUGAGACGAGAACACGGAAAUGGCUGACAAUUGAAGAAGCGGUAGAGAAUUGCAGGCACGCUUGGAUGAAGGAUGCAUUGGUGGAAGGAUUCUGUAAAUGGCAUAAGGAGAAGAUGGUUAAAGGAGAGGAGAUAACAAGUGAACAUUGAAGCAAGUGUGCAUAAACCUCUGAGGGUUGG